UGAAAACAGCGCGCGCUAAAAACGCACAGGAUGAUGGAAUAAAACGUCCGCGCGCGCCGAGCACCGGGAGGAAGCUGACGGAGCUCAGGGAGGACGAUGUGGAUGGUGCAGUAACGUCAGCAUGAAGCUCUUCAGCGCUCUGCGUCAGGCCUCUCUCGUGCACCGCUAGGCCACACACACACACACACACACACACAUACACACACACACUGUAUCUCCAACCCCUCCUUUUUUUCCCAUCACCACCCUUUACUUUGAUCCCUUCAAGACAGGAAGUGGGACCUUUCCUCCGCCUUCCAUUCCUCACUCGCCGCCAUGUCUCUACCCUGCGACGGUGGACGCCGGCGGUCGUUUUCCCGCCCCCACCGUAAACGGGACGCCUGUUUGUUAUGGUUGUUAGGAUUGGCGCUCCGGUUGGCGCUCUCUUCGUGCCAGCGCUCGGAAUUCGGCUCCUCCAAACACCCCAUCGUCUCCACCAGUUACGGGAAGAUCCGUGGCAUCCGGAAGGAGCUGAACAACGAGAUCCUCGGCCCUGUGGAGCAGUUUCUCGGCGUCCCGUACGCCACGCCGCCCAUCGGGGACCGGCGAUUCCAGCCUCCUGAAGCCCCGGGAGCCUGGCACGACAUCCGGAACGCCACACGCUUCCCCCCUGCGUGUCCACAGAACGUCCACGGAGCGCUGCCUGAAAUUAUGAUGCCUGUGUGGUUCACGGAGAACCUGGAUGCUGCAGCGGCGUACCUGCAGGAUCAGAGCGAGGACUGUCUCUACCUCAACAUCUACGUCCCCACGGAGGACGGUCCUCUCACUAAAAAACCUGACGAGUCGGCGACGAACAGGCCGAGGGACGAAGAUAUCCGAGAUCGGCGGAAGAAGGCAGUCAUGUUGUUCAUCCACGGCGGUUCGUAUAUGGAGGGAGCAGGGAGCAUGUUCGACGCCAGCGUUCUCGCCGCCUACGGCAACGUCAUCGUCGUCACCAUGAACUACAGACUCGGGGUUCUGGGUUUCCUAAGCACUGCUGAUCAGGCGGCUAAAGGGAACUACGGCCUGCUGGACCAAAUCCAGGCUCUGCGCUGGCUCAACGAGAACAUUGGCCAUUUCGGGGGUGACCACAAGAGGAUCACUAUCUUCGGCUCCGGCGCUGGAGCGUCCUGCGUCAACCUGCUCAUCCUGUCCCAUCACUCGGAAGGUCUGUUCCAGAGAGCGAUUGCCCAAAGUGGCUCUGCCAUCUCCAGCUGGUCCGUGAACUACCGCCCGCUCAUGUACACUAAGAUCCUGGCCAAGAAGGUGGGCUGCAGCUCCGGGGACAUGGCCAACAUGGUCAGCUGUCUGAGGAGGAAGAGUUUCCGAGAGCUGGUGGAUCAGGACAUUCAGCCUGCGCGCUAUCAUAUCGCAUUCGGUCCCGUCGUCGAUGGAGACGUGGUUCCUGACGACCCCGAGAUCCUCAUGCAGCAGGGAGAAUUCCUAAACUAUGACAUCUUGUUGGGGGUGAAUCAAGGAGAAGGACUGAAGUUUGUGGAUGAUAGUGAAGGAGAGGACGGAAUCUCAGCUGCCACCUUUGACUACACAAUAUCUAACUUUGUGGACAACCUUUAUGGAUACCCAAGUGAUAUCCUUCGUGAGACCAUAAAGUUCAUGUACACUGACUGGGCCGAUCGCGAUAACGGAGAUAUGAGGAGGAAGACUCUGCUUGCACUCUUCACAGAUCACCAGUGGGUGGCACCAGCAGUGGCCACAGCCAAGCUGCACGCAGAGUUCCAGUCACCGGUUUACUUCUACACUUUCCACCAUCACUGCCAGAUGGAGGGGCGACCAGAGUGGGCGGAUGCUGCACAUGGGGAUGAGAUUCCCUACGUCUUCGGGGUGCCCAUGGUGGGUGCUACGGACCUCUUUCCCUGCAACUUCUCCAAGAAUGACGUGAUGCUUAGCGCUGUCGUCAUGACCUACUGGACCAACUUUGCCAAAACAGGAGACCCAAACAUCCCUGUUCCCCAGGACACCAAGUUUAUCCACACAAAGCCAAACCGCUUUGAGGAGGUUGUGUGGACCAAAUUCAGCUCUAAGGACAAGCAGUACCUUCACAUUGGUCUGAAACCACGCGUACGGGACAACUACCGUGCCAACAAGGUGGCCUUCUGGCUCGAGCUGGUGCCGCAUUUGCACACGCUACACGAGGAGAUACUCGGCACUCCCAGUGCAACCCGCUUACCACCACCUGGCGGCGUCCCCCACAGACCUGGCUGGAAAAAUCCGUUCCUGAAUCCAAAUCAUCCAGGCACGCGCCAGCCCUCGGUUUCCUCCACGUACCCACCGGAUACAGAGUCGGAUCCAGAAGGUUCGGAGCGUCCACGCAUAUCUCCUUUCCCAGAGGCAGCACGUGACUACUCGACGGAGUUGAGUGUAACAGUGGCGGUUGGUGCAUCUCUGUUGUUCCUGAAUGUCCUGGCAUUUGCGGCGCUCUACUACAAACGUGACAAGCGCCACGAAAUGAUGCUGCUGCAACAAAGGCGACGUCAUCGCCGCCUCUCGCCUCAGCGCGGAGCUGCUGGUGCCCCGAUUCCUGCAACAGCCAUCGCCGUGGGCAACGACCUGGAAGAGGAGCUCAUGUCCCUGAGGAUGAAGCAGCAGAGGGCCGAGUUGGACCUGGAGCCACUUCGAUGCCCGCCGGAUUACACGCUGGCACUGAGGAGGGCACCUGAUGAUGUGCCACUCAUGAUGCCCAGCACCAUUAGUGCCAUGCAUGCCUUUAAUACAUACCCCCCUGCUCCUGGCCACACCCCAAAUCCUGGCCCUGCCCCAGGGUCAAGCUCUAGCUCUGUGCAUACCAACAAUGCUUUGCAUCAGCACUCGACCACUCGUGUAUAGUACCUCGCCAAGCUCUUAGCACCCCUAAGGACUACCUGCACCAUGAUUUGGUGCUCUACAGAGGUUACACAUUUUGUCCAGUUCGGGAAUGUCUAGGUCCAAUCCUGGAGUUCUGGAAUCGGGCACAGCUUGGUGAUAUUCAUGCUCGAAGGUAAACCAAACCGUACCGGACUCCAGAACUUCAGGAGGGGGAUUUAUUAACUUGUAGCCUAGUGGUAGAGAGUCAGAGUCACUGGAUUCGUGUCCUUCUCAGAGAUCUUGAAUCGUCCAGAUGCCUCGACUUCCUCCUACUAGACCAUUUAAAGACUUGGAGAACUGAAAACCUUUAUAGACAUCUACAACACAUCCUUGGUCUCGGUUAAUCCCUUCAGUCCUAGUUUUCUCUCUUUUUUUUCGGAAAACUGAAAGUUUUAAUAUAAAAAACCGACAAGGAACCACUCAGUUGGCCAACUCUCCCUCAACCUUCUCUCUGCAAUCUUCUGUUUUGUGUUCUUUUUAAUCACGCUUGCUGGGUUGCGUUUUUCUCUCCAUGCUUUCUUUUCUUUCUCGUCUUCUUCAUCUACUGCAAAACUCUGCUUUUUGCCUAAACUGAACUCUUUUAUAAAUCGAGAGAACCUCUGUGUAAUACGUACUAUCAAGAACCUUGCGAGGACAUGAGCGAGAAAAAAAAAAGAAAAGAUUUGAAUAUUUAGUUUUUACCAGCAUUUCUGUGCCAAGUACUGUGAUAUCCAUCCGAUCAGACUCUGAGUUGAGACCCGGAUUGGGAGCGCAUACAAGGAUCGCGUUCGUGGAAUUUAGAAGAAGUCACUGAAAAGUGCCAAACCCUUGUUUGCUUUUGUUUUCUUCUCUCUCUCUCUCUCUCUCUCUCUUUUUCUCUCUGCCCCCACAUAUCCUUCUCUUUCUCUCUGCCUCUAUUUCUUUUGCUUUUGCACUGUUGCUGGUUUGGGAUGAGAUUUGAAACUAUACACAUAAUAUCUAUAUUAAAGUCUAAAUAUAGAAUUAUUUAAAAACAAUUAUAUCUUGUUUGUUCUCGGGGAAAAUUUGCAUGAUUUAUUUUUUAAAAAACAGACACGCGCACGAGACUCCUCGUCUGGUUUUAUUAUUAUUAUUAUUAUUAUUAUUAUUAUUGCUGUCCUUUUUUUCAUGCUCUCUUUUUUUUUUUUAGUUUUUAAUGUCUCCGCUAUAUUGUGCGCUUCAUUCUGAGAAUAUUUUCCUUCUUUAGAGACUAUCAGAAGCAUAUCAGGAAAAAUGGAAACUUUCAAAAAUCAAAAAAAGGAUGUACAGAUCCCUUUCUGUUCAUUUAUCAAAAGGCGGAAUAUCUCGGAACGCUGAGCAUCGAGGAAGGACUUACGGCCCUCCAGCAUUCCUCCAUCAUCUUGCUUUCUCCUGUAUAUUCCACUGCAUUGAACUCGCACAAUAAGGAACGAGAUUGAGUUUUUUCUCUUCUUCUCUCCUAAUCUUUGUUCCCGUCUGAUUUCUACCCUCGUGUGCAGUCAGGGUGCUAAAGAGACCGCAUGGAACCACAAGGAAUCCAUGGACAAGGAUCCAAAGUGGACAGAGAACUGGAUACUGGUUGAAUGACUAAAACGCUAACCGCGACCGAUGAUGCAGCUUAAUCUUCGUCCUUCAUUGCUUGUCUCAUCAUCAUCAUCCUCGUCAUGUUUCUGUUACCGUCUCGUUUCUGGGAAACAAACACUCAGCGGGCGGAUGGAUAUAAAAAUCUCGAGGGAAACUAAAAACAAACAAACAAAAAAACAAACAAAUCUACAAACUGUAAAUUUUUUUUGAAGUUGUAUGAGAUGACACGGUCUUUGUAAAUAUUCUGUUUCGUUGUUUGGGUUUUCAGGUGAACAUCCGAGCGACUCUUUUGUGAGAACAGGUGCAAGUUCGGUUUCUUUUAUCUCUCAGUUUCCCGACUGUCUUUCUUUCUUUCGUUCUUUCUUUCUUUAGCACGGAACAUACACGCAAUCCUCCCGAACCUCUGCGUUCGACCGCGCCGACGCGACACGCAACACUUUAUCGCGGACGCUUUAACACAUCAUCGGCGCUCGGUGCUCAGGGUUCAGGAGGAGGAGUGUAAACUCUGUCUCGUGUAGGAGCCUGAAAAGCACAGCUGCUAAGUGUCAUGGCGUCUGGUCAUGUGACCUCGGGUAGACUCGUUCCACAGGGUCACAUGACCUCGGCAAAGACAUAACGCAGGGUCACAUGACCUAAGCAAUGAGCAGGAAAGAAUUAUCUUCACUGUCGAGAGAAAAGCUGAUGAUGUCAUGAAGUCUACUGCUUACACUUUCUUACCCACAUCUUUUCAAUUUAUUUCUUUUCCUUCUUCCUUUCAUUUUCUCUCUGUUGCUUUGUUUCACUUCCUUGCCUUUCUUUUGUUUAUUUUUUACUUUUUUUUCUCCAUUUAUGGUAAUUUUUUUUUCUUUCUCUGAUCUUUUGUUUUUUUUAAUCAG